AAAAUGGGAAACCAAACAGCCAUCACAGAAUUCAUCCUCCUGGGGUUCGGGGAUCUCCCUGAGCUGCAGACCCUUCUCUUCUUGCUGUUUCUAGUGAUCUAUGUUUUGACCAUGGCUGGGAACAUCCUCAUUGUUGUGCUAGUUGUGGCUGAUCAGCACCUUCAUAUCCCCAUGUAUUUCUUCCUGGGGAACUUGUCCUGCUUGGAGACCUGCUACACUUCCAACAUCCUGCCCAGGAUUUUGGCCAGUUUCCUGACAGGGGACAGAACCAUUUCAUUUAAUGGGUGUCUCACUCAAUAUUAUUUCUUUGGAUGCUUAGCAGCUGCAGAAUGUUAUCUCCUAGCAGCAAUGUCUUAUGAUCGAUACCUAGCGAUAUGCAAACCACUGCAUUAUGGAGCCCUCAUGAAUGGCAGGCUCUGCCUCCAGCUAGCUACAGUAUCUUGGGUAAGUGGCUUUCUGGCUAAUACUAUAUUAACAUUUUUUAUCUCCAACUUAAUCUUCUGUGGUCCCAAUGAAAUUGACCAUUUCUUCUGUGAUUCCUUCCCAAUGAUGAAACUCUCCUGCAGUGACACUCAUCUGACUGGACUUUUAACGUCCACUGUGGCUUGCAUAUGCUCACUGCCUCCGUUUCUAUUAACCGUGACAUCCUAUAUUUAUAUCAUUACCUCCAUCCUGCGAAUCCCUUCCAGCACUGGGAGGAAGAAGACAUUUUCCACCUGCUCCUCCCACCUUAUUGUGGUUACAAUUUUCUUUGGGUCGAUACUGAUUGUGUAUGUGCUUCCACAUAGCAACAGACUGAAGGACUUUAACAAAUUCUUCUCUGUCUUUUACACCGUCCUGACUCCCAUGGUCAAUCCACUCAUCUACAGCCUGAGAAACAAAGAAGUAAAGGAGGCCCUGAGGAAAGCUUUCAAUAAAUGUAUGGAUUUUAAGACACUGCAGAAAAUUCAGAUUGCUUCAAGUUAG